UGCCGUAGGGGCGGGGCGGUACCGGCAAAGCCUAAGCCGCGGUAGGGGGUGAAAACCGACUCCCUCCCGCCGGUGUGGCUCCGGUGACCUGCCGGCGGGAGGCGGUGGUGGAGGAGCCGUGCGAGGAUGCCGGGGAAGCUGAAGGUCAAGAUCGUGGCAGGGCGCCAUUUGCCCGUGAUGGACCGCGCCAGUGACCUCACCGACGCCUUUGUGGAGGUAAAAUUUGGAAAUACAACAUUUAAGACAGAUGUGUAUCCCAAAUCUCUUAAUCCUCAGUGGAAUUCUGAGUGGUUCAAGUUUGAAGUAGAUGAUGAAGAGCUACAAGAUGAACCUCUCCAGAUCACAGUUCUUGAUCAUGAUACCUACAGUGCUAAUGAUGCCAUUGGCAAAGUGUACAUAGAUAUUGAUCCUUUGCUCUACAGUGAAGCAGCCACAGUUAUUUCAGGAUGGUUUCCAAUCUAUGAUACUAUUCAUGGUAUACGUGGGGAGAUCAGUGUGGUGGUGAAAGUUGAUCUCUUCAAUGAUUUAAACAGAUUUAGGCAGUCAUCGUGUGGAGUCAAGUUUUUUUGCACUACGUCCAUUCCUAAGUGUUACAGAGCAGUAAUAAUUCAUGGAUUUGUGGAAGAGCUUGUAGUUAAUGAAGACCCAGAAUACCAGUGGAUAGACCGAAUUCGUACACCAAGGGCAUCAAAUGAAGCUAGACAAAGACUUAUUUCACUCAUGUCAGGUGAAUUGCAAAGGAAGAUUGGCUUGAAAGUGCUUGAGAUGAGAGGAAAUGCUGUUGUUGGUUAUUUGCAGUGUUUUGAUUUGGAGGGAGAGUCUGGACUGGUAGUACGAGCCAUAGGAACAGCCUGCACGUUGGAUAAACUAAGUAACCCAUCAGCAUUUUUACCUGCAUGUAACUCCCCAUCCAAAGAAAUGAAGGAGAUUCCCUUCAAUGAAGAUCCCAAUCCCAAUACUCAUUCAUCAGGACCCUCCACCCCUCUGAAAAACCAAACCUAUUCCUUUUCACCUUCCAAGUCCUACAGUCGACAGUCCUCUUCUUCUGACACAGAUUUGAGUUUGACACCCAAAACUGGAAUGGGCAGUGGGAGUGCUGGAAAAGAAGGGGGGCCAUUUAAAACUCUUUUAAGACAACAGACUCAGUCAGCUCUGGAACAAAGGGAAUUUCCAUUUUUUACCUUGACGACCUUUCCACCAGGCUUUCUGGUCCACGUUGGUGGUGUUGUCAGUGCACGGUCUGUGAAGCUUCUGGAUCGCAUUCACAAUCCUGAUGAACCAGAAACACGAGAUGCAUGGUGGGCAGAAAUCAGACAAGAAAUAAAAUCCCAUGCCAAGGCAUUGGGUUGUCAUGCUGUAGUGGGCUACAGUGAAUCAACUAGCAUUUGUGAAGAGGUCUGUAUUUUGUCUGCGUCUGGCACAGCAGCUGUACUGAACCCUAGGUUUCUUCAGGAUGGCAUCAUGGAAGGCUGUUUGGAACAAAGGUUGUCAUGGCAGCCUGGCUUCUUUUCCAUAGGGUCAGAGAAGGGAGAGGUUGAUUUUUUUCCUCAGAGCCAAGAUAGUUCUUCUCUAUUAGGGAUUGAAGAAACUUCACCACCAGGUUGUGGAUUUUGCCAUAUACCAUAUGAUGAACUGAACAUGCCAUUCCCUGCUCACCUCACUUACUGUUACAACUGCAGAAGGCAAAAAGUUCCUGAUGUUCUUUUCACCACGAUAGAUCUUCCUGUAGAGGCAAUAGUUAUUGGGAAGGGAUGUCUUAUUCAAGCCAGGUUAUGCCGUCUAAAGAAGAAAGCUCAAGCUGAAGCAAAUGCAACAGCUAUCAGUAAUCUCUUGCCAUUUAUGGAAUAUGAAGUGCACACCCAACUGAUGAAUAAACUCAAGCUGAGAGGAAUGAAUGCGCUGUUUGGGCUGAGAAUUCAGAUCACUGUGGGUGAAAAUAUGCUGAUGGGGUUGGCAUCUGCAACAGGUGUGUAUCUAGCAGCUUUGCCAACACCUGGUGGUAUUCAGAUUGCUGGGAAGACUCCAAAUGAUGGCACCUAUGAGCAGCAUAUAUCUCACAUGCAAAAGAAAAUAAAUGAUACGAUAGCAAAAAACAAAGAACUUUAUGAGAUUAAUCCUCCUGAGCUACCUGAAGAAAUCAUUGGGUCUCCCAUUCCAGAGCCAAGACAACGUUCCAGGUUAUUAAGAUCUCAGUCAGAAAGCUCUGAUGAAGUUACAGAGCUAGACCUUUCACAUGGGAAAAAGGAUGCUUUUGUCUUGGAGAUUGAUGAUACAGACGCAAUGGAAGAUGUACAUUCUUUACUGACGGAUGCUCCACCACCUUCUGGUUUUUACAGUUGCAACACAGAAAUUAUGCCUGGUAUAAAUAACUGGACACCGGAAAUUCAAAUGUUCACAGCAGUAAGAGUAUCCAGACUAAGCAAUGUUAAUCUAACAAAUCAAGCUCUUAAUAAGAACUUUAAUGAUCUCUGUGAGAAUCUGUUGAAGAGCUUAUAUUUUAAACUGCGAUCUAUGGUUCCCUGCUGCCUUUGUCAUGUGAAUUUUACAGUUGCUCUACCAGAGGAUGAAUUAGUUCAGAUUGCAGUCACAGCUGUUGCAAUUACAUAUGACAAAAACCAAGCAUUACAAACGAACAAAGGCCCUACAGAAAAAUCACAGCAAAGAGCAUCUACAGACAAUGAAGAACAGCUACAAUUUCCAUUGGAACUUUGCUCUGAUCCCCUUGCUUCUCAACCAUUCUCACCAGCUAAAGAAGUCCUGGAGGGUGCCAGUUCUCACACAGGUAUCCCUGCGGCUCAGAGAGCAACGUCAGUUGAUUACAGUUCCUUUGCAGACAGAUGCAACAGCUGGAUAGAGCUCAUUAAACUGAAAGCUCAGACCAUAAGGCGCGGAUCAAUUAAGACAACUGCUUCACUAGAUAAAGCAAGUCCAUUGGCUGAGGGGUACUUACGGCACCGUUCUGUUCCAUCAUGCACCAAUUCUACCGUCUCAGUUGUUAAGAUGACACCUCUUUCUUUUCUACCUGGGGCAAAAAUAACGAAAUAUCUUGGGAUAAUCAACAUGUUUUUUAUACGAGAAACCACUUCUUUGCGUGAGGAGGGUGGUGUCAGUGGUUUUCUCCAUGCUUUUAUUGCUGAAGUAUUUGCAAUGGUGAGAGCUCACGUUGCAGCUUUAGGAGGGAAUGCAGUUGUCUCCUACAUAAUGAAGCAGUGUGUUUUCAUGGAGAAUCCAAACAAAAAUCAGGCACAGUGUUUAAUAAAUGUCAGCGGUGAUGCUGUCAUCUUUGUACGUGAAUCUGAUCUAGAAAUGUUACCAGUCCAGCCAUCUACAGCUGUUUCUCAACCCACAAGUACGGGAGGAGAUGUCACAACAUGAAGACAGGAAAAAUUAAAUCAUUUCUGCCAAAUAUAAAGAUUAUUUAAAAUGUGGGAAUGCUUAGGUUUGCAUCUUCAAAACUGGUAUCUACCCAUAAUGUUAAUAGCCAAAAUCUGAGACAAUCACUAUCCUUUGUCCUUUAUGUAAUAGUCAGGGUAGCAUAUCAUCAGGUAUGCUGUCAUGUGUUUGUUGUAAUUACAGGCCCCUGUGAAACCUAGGAGCAUGGAUUGAAAUAGUAAGCAUCACAUGGCAUUGUGAAAGUGAACAAAAAUUCUGUUGCAUUUUGAGCUGUUGAACAGGACCAUGAGAAGCUGUAAUUCAGAACCAGUUCUGAGUUUGCAUAUUGUAUUAGCUGAGUUCCAGCUCUGUUUAAGAAAUAAAAGAUGAGUUGGGGUGGGUGGGAGAUACUGAGAAGCCUGUGUUGGCAACCGUUGCUGAAGGAACAAGAGAAAGAGACUAAGAACAUGUGAGCUGAAGCCUGAACGUACAUCAUAGAGCGUGAGGAGGAAGAAGCAGCACCAAAACAUCACAGUUUGAAUUUCUUCACACUAAAAAUAUUUUUAAACUGUUUGUGAGCUGUGAUCUAUUUUUUAAAGAUUAUUGCUGAGCAGCAAAUGUUUUGGGUGGGUGUUGUGGGGUUUUUGUUGUUCUUGGUUUUGUUUUUAGCAAGGUGCCAGACCAUGAUGCAGACUUCCUAGUCAUUCCUGGGGUUUAAAACAAAGAACAAAAAGUUCUGGAGUGUGUUUGGUGCUAUAAUAAGAUGUUCACUUCCACAUUGACAAGACAAAUCUUUUUUUAAUGUAAGAUUCUGUGAAAGAAUUGCCCUGAGGCUCAUUUUCUUAAGGCAUGAUCUCUUGCAAGGAUGACAUGAACAGUCUUCCAAAAGUCAUUUAUACAAGAGGUAGUCUCCAGUCUCCAUUUAACAAGCUAGCAAUGCCUCGUUAAUAGGAGAUUAAUGUAUGUUUGUGAUGCUGCUUUCUGCGAGUUGAGGAUGUUCUUGUUUGGUUUGGGGUUUUUUUUUCCAGUACUGUAGCUGGGAAAUAAGGGUACUGCAAAGAAAGGAAAUUUAUCAUUUCCAUUGAGUGUCUGAAAGGUGGUGAUGUUUUAAGAUACAAAAUGCAAACUUUGAUUUGAAGAUGCAUUCUUACUUAAUUCUGACAAUACCAUACAUGGGACUUGAACAAACAUGUAAACUUGAAUGUAAAUAUUCCGCUUGCAAAGGCAUGAUUAUUUGUUAAAACUAAUUAUUUCAUUGUAAAUGAGCAUGGAAAUCAUUCUUGCACAUUAAAUUUCUUUACAGAAUUAA